AUGGCGGCUGCUCCAAUCCCUACGCCACGUGAAAUUCCAUUUGCCACCUUCACAGCUGCAAACGACGCAGCCGUUCUGCUGCUCGAGCUCAUCCAGGCUAAAGCGUCACCGCCAACUCUCAUCAGCAGCGGAAACACCAUCGGCUAUCACAUAUCACUACCUCUAUCGUCUGAUAGCUCUAGCUCUAGCUUAGAGGACAAUGGCUCUGAUUCAGCCUCCGAUUCCCAAGCCAACUCAGACUCUUUAAACCUUGUGCGAUGGAAAAUUGGCGCUGGUGCAUCUCCAACAUUGGCUGAUAAAGGCCUGGGUUACACCAAUCCAGACAUUCUUCUCUGCGCUCCGGGCGACACGCCGGCUUCUCACAGAAUUCGCAACUACAUCAAAGACUUCCACGCAUACAUCACCUUCCAUCCGACUUCAGGCGUACUCAGGCUUAUGACAGUCUGCGAUCGACCAGUCAUCUACGAGCAAGGCGAUAUGCACGACAAUGACCUGACCCUCCGCUUAGAUGAAUGGGGCAAAGCAAUGACUUGUGUCCUGCGGAGAGAGCGAAAUUAUCUUCGUUUUGGUCCUUACCGAUUUCUGUUUAAUUUCGUCACUCAGACCCGACAGAAUUUCGAUAGUUUUACUGCUCAUAUGAACGAGGUUAUCAAGAGCGACUUCCACGGACUUAAUCCCUCACGCCUUUUCAACUUUAUCCCAAUGCCAAGUCCAUAUCACGAGACUUCAUGGAAUAUUUGGUUUCAUCACAAGAUCCCUACCACCAACGUCAUCACUGGUGUCGACAUUCAUACAGGACAGCCGGUUGCUGUCAAGAAGUUGUUGAACAAAGAGGCGUCCAAGAUACGCCAGCAUGUUGUCGAACGCCUGAAGACGGCCCUUCAGAGUCGAGACGCACAGGACAAUGGGAUUCUUGGAAUCAUCGAUAUCUGGUGUUCUCAUCAGACCUCUCCUCCAUGCCUUUUUGAUGCGUCCAACACCGAGAUGCUCGAUGAGUGCCGACACACCUUCUAUUCCAUGCCGCUCGCCAGAUACAGUUUUCUGGAUCUUCCUUGGACCAAGUUGGAACACGAUACACGUCUUGCAUACUUUCAUCAGACAUUAUUGGGUCUCUCUGCGCUGCAUGAACAAGGCCUUGUCCACGGUAAUAUUCGGCCUAGUUCACUGCUUGUAUUGGCCAACACAACACACAAAUCGUAUACGACUACGACAGCUCUUUCAACCAAAAAGGCCGUCUUGUCACUCUCUAUGAGCCAAACGGAGAGAAAGCCGUAUGAUACAACUCUCAUAUGUAUCGCGCCUGAGACCUGGGAGAAGAGAAAUAGUAGAUCAACAACAGACCUAGAUGAGACCAAACUCGACAUUUGGGCCUUGGCUACCUCGUGGCUUUACACCUUUAUGCGACCGCCGGAUAAUUUUAAGAUUGUAACAGAGCGCGACUAUUUACUGAUGCAAGGGCAACUGCAGUUUCGGAUAAAACGGCUUUCAUCUUUAGGGCCUUUUGCCCCUCUUUUGAACCAAAUGCUUGCUUGGGAACCAGAGCAGCGGCCAAGUGCAGCCGAAGCUCUUGCAAGCACCGCCUGGCAGCCUUUAUGGGAUGAGAAACGAAGGAGGGAAGAUAAAAUGAAGCAGAAGCGGAAGGCCAAGGCGCAAUCUGAUGGAAUCAAAAGAGUCAGAGUGCUCUCACCCGAUACAGAAGAUUAUAAGACCAUUGAGCCAGACUCGAAACAGGAUUGA